UUGGCAUUUUUGCACAGCUGGACUACGUUCACCUUAAUUGCAGCGGCAUCAUUUUUGCUCGAUUUUAAAGAAAUUUUUUGCGGUGAAAAUAAGAAGAAGUGCUUGCGUUGGUUCGCUUAUGGGUAUAAACAGUCCUUCUGCCAAAGGAAUGCCAAGUUAUUCAACCUUUUUGUGAUUCCCCUUCAUGGAAUUGGAAGAGACGCGGUGCAGUUGAAAGAUUGCAAAUUGACCGACCGACGCACAUGAAUAGUGAAGUAUGGAGGACAUCGAAUAUCUAGACGAGUACAAAGACUUGGUGCUGCCAGGGAUCAAAUCGGGUGCUCCGCCAGCAUCCUCUGCCGGCGUUCCGCGGCAGCGUCGCAUUUCAUCGGACUCGAGCAACUCGUCGUCGAUUGAUGCGGACAUUUUCCAGAAGCUUUUCCAUGGCAAGUACCUUGACGACGAACUGCUUAACGAGGGCUCCGCCUCCAGGUCCCAGGACAGGCGUCGCCGCUCGCCGAGUUCCUCCUCCAGCGACGAGUCCAACGAUGCCCUGGAAGCCCUCUUCUGCGGGAAGAGCAGCCAGUCGAAGCCAACCAAGAGGCGCGAACGGUACGAAUCGUUUGAUUCGGUGGACGACCUAGGCGAAGCCCUAAUGCGUCCAUCGCACAAGCUGAGCGUACUCAAGCCCAGUACCUCCCAGGCAGGCUCAAAAAAGUCCCAAGAUGUAGCUCCACACAGAAGCAUGAGCAAUAGCAGCAGCAGCAACAUCGGCAAGUCACUGACUGCUCCAUCAAGCCAAACUUAUGCAAGUGCUAAAAGCAAGAAAACGAAUUCUGUGGCCAACAAGACAGCAGUAUCUGCAAAUGGCGAUAGAUUGGCUUCCUCCAAAAACAAGGCAGUGACCAUCGUUAAGCCCCAAAAAACCGAUCUAAUGCCUUCGCGGCAUGAACCUAAAACAGAUCCAUUAACUUUGGGUGACUUAUACGGGGACUCAGACAGCGAUUCGUCCUAUGAGUACGAAUCUGACUUUUACGGCGAUCGAGACUCCGAUGAGGAGGAUGAGCCGGUGAUCGACAUUUCAACGGACACGAGCAGGACCACAUCGGUGGCGGACACUGUGACACCUGUUGUUUCCGACGACGAGGUCCAGGAGCCGAAGAGUGAGCUGAAUCAGCGACCUGAGAAUGAUCAGGAGUCUUUUUUGAGCAGCACCUAUGAACGCCUGCAGUUGUACUUGAGUAAUCUCAGUUGCGCCGAGGCGCCACCAAUCUAUAAGAAACAGAAUAGUACUAAAAAAUCCCGCUCCAACGAAAAGAAACCCUCUUCUUCCGAACAGGUUAAGCAUUCUAAUGAGCGAUCAGCGGCCAGUGACAAAGAGGCGAAUGAAAAGGAGCGGGAUUUGGAGCCACCGGAGGCAAGCAGCAGUGCUAAAUCCUCGGCCAGCAAGGCCAGCGGAAGUCGCAAGCUGUAUGACGUAGAUGACAAUGUCACGCUUGAGGCUGUGGAACGCAUGAGUCUUGACCUGGCCGAGAAGAUCUUGGAGAUCGAUGUGGAGCGAUCUCAUGAGUUCGAAAAGCGGUCCGGCUCGAAGACGCGUAGCUCAUCUAAAUCUAAGAUCCCAUCGGAUCCUAGCACCUCGCAAUUGAGUCACGUGCGCAAGCUAACCUACUCAAGCGAAAAACUUGAUCAUUCGGAACCUUUAGGCACCGAAUUACGUCGGUCAAAGAGUGAGUCCUUUCCAAAGCGAGGGCGGUCUCGGGGCCAAAAGCAACGUAAGAACCGUGCAGCAACCACAGAGGACAAAACUCAUACUGCCCCAGUUGGGGAAGGAGAUCCAGUCAAAAGAAAACGCGGAAGGCCCCGCAAAAAUUUUCCAAAGGAGGAGACUACAGCAGAAGAGACUUCUCAAAAUCCAAUUGAAGGCUUAGAUAAAAAUGUUCCUCUCGCAAUAGAAGCGAUUGAAGAAAAACUGGGAGCGGAGACGGUUAAUUCGGAAGAGCCAUCAAAGCAGAAUGAACCAAUUAGCGAGUUAGAUAAUGCCAAAGAGCUGGCAGGAUCAACCAAUUUAUGCCAGGAUGAUAUUAAAACGACGUCAAGUCACCACGAAACGGAUCUAAAAUGUGCUCCGGACAGGGUUGCGCUGGAUAAGUCAGAGUCUGAGCCAAAGGACCAAGAAGAACCCCUUUCUAAACUGGACACAUCUACUGAAACAUUUGAUACUGCACAGGACCACAACGACGAAUCCGAAACUGCAAAAUCUCUUAGUGAAUUGGAAGAUAAAGGUUUAGUUUCAGAUAAGGAGGAAACUCAGAAGGAAUCUGCCACUGUCAGUUUAAUGGAAACCAAUGAUAAUGCAAUAACAGAACUAACAAAGAUGGAAAAUUCAGUUCUAGUUACGAAUGGAGUUGAAUUACCAGUUGUACUUGCAGAAUCCAAGACAGUUUCGGGAAAUAUACUUGAGGAAAGCGACUCCCAGCUGGCUGAGGACAUUAAAUUGGCUGAAGAGAUCUUAGCCGCUGAGGUUGGUAAGGGAGUUGAAGCUAACGAGCUAUCAGUUGAAUGUGUGCAAGGAGGACAAGAUCCAGUCAUUGAAAUUGUCAAGGAGCUAGAGCAAGAAACGAUAUCGGAAGUCGUGCCCGCUCAGACUGAAAAACAAUCUUCAGUUGAAGAAACUAUAGCCGAUGAUGAAAAUCCAGUGGAAAAUCAGACUCCAGUUAAGGCAUCAUCUUCCAGUAAGGAAGAGCCACCUGCAGAAGAACACUCGCCUGAUCCAAACCAGAAUCCAGUUGUACAACAGGAAACGCCUGAUAAGGAACAAAAUCAAGCUCCUUCCAAAGCCGAGUCUGUAGCUGGUUCUGAUGUUCCAUCGAACUUAGUCAGUCCAUCCAAGAAACGAAAUCAUUCCUCUCCAGCUAAUACCCCCAAGAAAUCGAAGGAAGUAGAAGCUUUGCAAAGUUCGGUGCCACGAAGAGCUCUAAGGUCUGACAAAGAAACUCCUCAAAACCAAAGGGAAAGUCGGUCAAAACGGACUUUAAAAACAGAGCUCACACAACUUAAGGAUGAAACAAUGCGACGAAGCAGUCCAAGGCUUGGAAGGUCACCAGCGGAAAGCCAUUCCUCACAAGAGCGCUCUCCGGUGGAAAAGAAAGUGACAGUCUCCAAGUUGGUCAAGGACUUAUCAAGAAAAGAAAAGGAACAAGUGAAAGAGUUAAAGUCGCUUUCUGAUGAGCCUGAAACUAAGGACGUAAAGGAAACCAAAACAGCUACAGCAGCAGAUACUUCCAAACUGACCGAGGAAAAACCUAGCGCCAGUAAGACUGAAAUUAAAAAGAUGAAAGGUAAACAGAAGGCAAAAAAAGUGAGUAGGACCCAUGAGACAGAAGUUAACAAGGCCAUAGUAGAUUCCAGUGAAGAGCCACAUUCUUCUUCAAAGUGUGUUGAAGAAUAUUCAACUUCCAGCGAAUCAGAGCAGAAAGACGACAAUGACUCCUUAUGUCUUGCUAAACCACCACCAAUAGAUAGUACCAACCCGAUUUUAGACCGAUCCAAUGCAAUUGAAACAGAUACGGAACAAGUUGAGAAAAAACCAUCAAAUCGCAGAAAAUCAAGGAGGAUUCGAAAUGAAAAAGGCAAAAGUGAGAGCGACACACUUUCCGACCAUUUGGACGCCAAGAAGGGGGAUAAUGCUUUGAUAACAAGCAAGGAUCAGCAAAGUGAUUCUGUCACUGCUAAGGAGAAGUCUGUUAUUGAUGCGGCCAAAUCCGAAAAGGACGAAAAUCCAUCAGCCAAAUCUCAGUCCACUGAAAGAACACUUAUUUCCAAUGAAAACCCCUCAAUAAAGGAUCAAACAAAAGAUCUGUCUGGUAACAUAAUCGAAACUGUAGUAGGACAAACUGACAAGAAGGAAACGUCAAACAGUAAGAAGACUAUCGGUGAAAAAAUUAAUGAAUGUUCCGACAGUAAAAUGAAAUCGAGUGACAGUUCAAAUAAAAAGGAAUCAGCUUCUACAAAGUUAAUAUCAGUAUCCAGUCCAGAUGAAAUCAUGCAAGAUCAGGAAAAUAAAUUGGAUAAAUCGGAUCUACAUUUAAGGGACACCAAUUCCAAUAGACAGGUUGAUAAGAAUCUCGAAGAUGACGAUACUAAAAAUAAUGAAGAGAGUAUAGAGUUGAAUGCUAAUACAUAUGAAGCCAAAUCUUCUUCAGAAAAGGACGCGGAACCUAUUUCAAAAGACUCUUCACAAAAUUCCACCAAGCUUAAAUCUUCGAAACCAAAGUCCAGAAACAAGCGCAAGAAAAACGAAAAGAAACCUAAUGAUAGUGUUGCCGAAUCUGAUAUUGAACAUGGUUUAGACGUAAACGCAGAAACCGUUUCAGCUACAUGUUCUUUACCUUCAGAUUCCGAUAAACACGAGUCGGUUAAAUCUGAUGAAACAAACGUGGAACCGAACUCAUCUGAAACAGAAAUAGAAAGGAUAAGAAAACGUAGGCAGGCUGUUACCAUUGAGAAUCCCAAGAAUGAUUUUGAGACUACUCAGAUCAAUGAAAACCAAAACAGUGCCGUUUUCAAUUCUGAGGAACAUGUACCUUUGCCGGAAACUGUUGAACUAGAUAUUCCAAGAAUGAAAAUUCCAACGAAAACAUACCUUAUGAAUUCAAAAAACAAAACACAAUCAUUGGCUUCUUCAGGAGCUCCGGACAAUGAGCCCAAACCAGAGGACGUGAAUACCACAUCAAAAGGAGACUCUAAAACAAUAGGUGAUGCCUUGACAACAGAGGCGCUUGAUCUAGAUAAGACUAAUAUUGUAGAAACCAAUUCGACGCAGGAUCUCAACGAACAUGUAAUUUCUGAUCAAACUUUGUCAGAAAGUUCCGAUAUCAUUCCUUCAGGUACGAACAAUUCCCAAGUUGUUGUUCCUACUACUCCAACAAAAAUCAGCGACCAAACCAAAAACACCUUUAUAACGCCUAAAAAAUCAGCGAAAUCCAAACGAAACGUUUCAAAGGGGACCAAAAAAUCGGACAAUAGUUCGGAGGAUAGUCAGGUAGUAGCAUCUGAGUGCUCGACAUCUAAAAUCCAAAAAGAACUUAGUUCUCCUACAGCAUCCUGUCGAAAGCUGCGGGUGUUAAUAAAAAGAACUCCCACUUCCGAUUUGCCUAAAAGUUCAAGGAAGUCUAUCUUUAAGAAAACUCCCGCGAAAUCAAAGCGCUUGGCCAAAAUUCUUGAGAGCGUGGAAAAAAGCCCACCUCGAGAGCAAUGUGAUAAUAAGUCACCAAUAUCUUCAGGUGAAUUAAAUCCUGAGUCUGAUCCUGUUGCAGAGUUGCUACCCGUUGCUGUCACUGAUUCUGAUAAGGAACUUGAAACGAACCAAAUCCUUAAUGAAGAUGCUUGUAAGGAGACACAGGACGCAUCUGCUGACAACACAGAUAAUGAAUCAAAAAAGAAAGAAGACGAUCAGGAAUUGAAAGUGAAUCCCAAUUGUGCAAAGGGUGACAGUCCUAUCACAGACGAUUCCACUAAGGUCGUCUUAUCUAACGAGGCAACGGAAAGUGUUGUUUUACAGGAUUCAAAGGAAGAAGUACUAAACACGUUAGCUUGUGCGACUCAAGACGAGGAUACCUCAACAAAGGAGUUAACCGAAGAGGAAGUUCCUAAUGAUGAAACCACAAAAGCUGAAUCUGAAAAAGGACAAAGCUCAAUAGAUCAGGAAACGGAUAAGACGACGGAAAAAGAGGAUUCUGCUCCGCCAUCGAAAGCCGCCGAGGAAAUGGACCCUGAAAUUAAGGAUGAUUCUACUGUUAAAUCGGUUUUAGCCGAACCAGAAACGGAUGUAACAGACGAUGAGGAACUUGCCCAAAGUCCAAUUCCAGACUCAUCGGAAACAACAAGUGUCACGAAUGAUCCCGAGCCCAGCACAUCCGGCGUGGUGAAGCGCAGUUUGCGCAAGCGGGAAGCGGAUUCUUCACAGCCAGAUGAAGCCGCUAAACGAAAGCAACGCCAAGAUAUGGAGAAGUCUCUAACUGGCAAAAAGGAACCAGUUAAACCAGCUCGCCAUCGACAACUCGCUGACGAAGAAGAACGACCAUCCCUUAAACGUUCAAAAAUAGAGUCGGAAGCCAUGUCCUCUGUCCAGGGCAAAUUUAUCUCUAUUAUAGGUAAUGAGACUAUCAUGUCAUCCACAACUGCGCCCAUUACGGAAAAUAAAAGCGAGACGCCAUCUCCAGCUUCACGAAAGUCGGCGGUACUGGAACCCAAGCACGUUGAAAUCACCAAGCAUAUCAUCCUAGGGACACCAGCCAAAAAGCUUCAACAUUCUAAAAGUCCAGCCGCGGAAGUCAAGAAGCCCAUGGUGCAAACUCUGCUGAGUUCCACUCUUACUCUUCACAAACCUUCGUCUGGAGAGGAUGGUAGUUCACUGAAAAUCAGAAAAUCCCUGGAAAAGUCAGAAGCCGAUGAAAACGUGGAAGGCGAUAAGUCCACCUUCAGCAGUACCACUGCGCUUCCUAAAAAAACGUCUGCGGUUGCUCCAAGAAAGGUAAAUAUAUCCGUUUCCCUGUUGACAACGAAGGACACUGGAGCGGAGACCUUGCAAAGUGCUGCAUCAACAUUCGAGUCACCACUGUUGAAAAAAAAGGCACAACUUGAAACACAAAAAUCGACCAAGAAAUCGGAGGGCAAUAAGAAAACGGAAAGCAGGAAAAAGUCCCUAGUACAAGGCCCUCAAAUGAAAACGCUAAAAUCCGAGGAAACAGAAUCUUUAAAGAAAACAGUUUCAUCAGCACUCACAGGGCGAAAGUUUCCAAACAAAUCCCUAAAAUCGGAGGAAGCAGAAUCUUCAAAGAAAACGGUUCCUGCAGCUGGGACAGGACGGAAACCACUUCCGCAACUGGAGGCUUCAAGGAAACCGGAAAGCAGGAAGUCUGAGGGUUCUUUAUCAAAAUCUAAUCCUCGCAAAGAUCCGUUCCGAGUCAAACUAUUCAGUAAAAUGGAUGGUAGAAAAUCUGAAGGAACAGCUUUAACUGCUACUGCUCGAAAACGACCUCCUCAACCAGAAGUCUCGAAAUCUGAAUCUGCUUCAAAAGCAACAUUGCCCGAGGAAACUGACCACAUACUUCAAGCCGCAAAAAUCGAGACAAUGUUUAAAGGUCGGGGAACACAAAAAAAAUCCAAAUCGAAACCCAAGACAGAUGUCCGUAACUUGGAAGAGGAAGCUGCUACUGACCCGAUGGAUUCCUCUCGAUCGGAUAUAUCUGAUAACGCUGCAAUAUUUUCCGAACGCCAAGAGAUCUUCAAUAUACCGGGUCACAUGACCCGAGCUGUCAGCAGCAACAGAUCAUUGGCACCAACACCAACUCUCACGAGCGACAGGCAACGGAAUGCUUCCAAGGAGCGCUUUACGCCUGUUUCGGAACAAAAAAAAGCAAUGAGGCAAUCAGAGACUUUGGUAAAGGGUCGAGGCGGAAAGCGCCAGCAAAUAGAUUUAAAAAGGAAAGCGGAAGACGGUACAGAGGUGAUCAAUCCCAAGAGACCCAGAGAGUUGCAGGAGGAGGACUCCCAUGAGCAAAGCACUCACGUCCGGGAAUCUGCAUUUGCGGCGUUCCCAGUGAAAAUAACUGCUGCAUCUUCUGUUAAUCCAAUAGCAGUACGCUCGACGGGUAAUAUAGUCCCGCAGAAAGCUAAGCUUCGCAAACUUUGCGUGAAAAUGAAUCGAAGGCCUUUUAAUAAAUGGCUUAGGAGCACGCAGGAGAAGAACGAAACACAAGUAGGAUCUCGUAAUGUAUCGUCAUUACUACUGCAUGGUGAAACCUCGGAAACGGAUUCAGCAGCAGAGUCAAUGGCAGAAGCAAUGCUGCAACCACAAGUAGAGUCGGUGGCGGUUAGUCAGCCACAGCCUGCAUCCCAGCCCGAUUCUUAUCCAGCGCCAAGCUCAGAACUUGAAAAGGAGGAAAGCUCUGCUCAACUUGCUCCUAUUGCAGCUUGUGAGCCACCGGCAGAUAAUGAUUCAUCGACAGCACCCGCUUCAGACAUCGCACCCGAAAAUGAACAGAUUGUUAACCCGCCAGCUAAGACAGCCUUGAAGACUGCUAUCUAUCCAUUGACUGAACAAAAAAUUCCCGACGAGACAACGUUGCUGGAAAGUACCAGGAAGCUAGCAGAACAGCGAAGGGUACAAAUGUUCCACGCCAAAUCUAUGCCACUUCCUGUACCAAUUCUAGAGGUAAAGUCAGAGCCAGAAGAUGCGAUGGAUGACCAAUCACCUAAUGAGCCAAUGCAUGUGGUUGCUACAGCACCAGCAAUACCUCCACCGAAUUCGAGUACAGAGGACGCUGUGCCCGCCACUAUUCAGAUGAACACAUUGGGUGCUUCCACUUCAUCUAGGCCGUCAGAGAUACAUUCAAUUCCCUCCGCCAGUGCCCCUGACGGAAACCCCAAUGUCAUUGGGCAGACCAAGAUGUUCUCAUUUCUCUACCCGAAACGUUACAAGCGGUCCUAUGACGACGUGGGUCUAGACUUCUGCUGUCCAAAUCUCGAUGGACCAAUGCGGGCCAUUGAUUUUACUCGAUUGCAUUCGAAGGCCGAGGUACCGGUGCUGGAAGUCCCGCAGUUCCUGGUUAUAACCACCAAGUUCAUCUCAAAAGCGGAUAAGAAUAUGCCAAGCAAGGUGCGAGCCAAGCUGGAAUUACUGGGCAGAAAUAAAGAACGCGAUUCAAGUAAACUUACCCCUACGGGUACCAUUCCGACUGCUGAUGCCACCGCUCCUUCACCAUUUCCACCUGCUUCUCCGUCGGUUGGUCCGGCAACUCAACAGUUUCCAUCGAUUAUACAGAGUUUGCUUUCGGCUCCCCUGCCGGCUUCAAGUUCCUUUAAUAUUCCCACAUGCGUGGGUCCAUCCACUUCCACUCCCGUAGUUCCGCCAAGUCUCUCUCCCACUUCCAUGCUGAUUUCGGCGAACUUGGAUUCCCUUAGCAAACAGUUACCACGUGGCACAACGCUUACCAAGAAGUCGAUGCAACCAGUGGCUACCAUUCCGUCAUUAGCCAGCAACUCGAUGGCACUCAAUAUGGCGCCGUCCCCUAUUCAGUUACCACCGAUUUGCCCCAAUGACAAGCAGCGCGUGGAGCUGCAGGCGAGGGUGCAAGUGUUUGACAUGGUGCUCCAGACUCUCAGCCGACGGGCAGCCAACCUAACAGUGUUCGAGAGACAGCGGACCAUUGAGGAGAUCGUGAGGACCAGCUCAUUAAUGGCCAUCGAUGUGGAUGUGGGUACAAAGCUUUUGGAAAACUAUGUACAUUACCUGAACAAGGCUACCAUCACAAUGACUCCUCAUCCCUCGACCCAAAACAAUUCGAUGAUUGCUAAUCCCUCCAGUUUAGGCGGAUCCGCCAGCUCGACGCUUUCCAAAAGCAUCGUGAGCUCUACGACCGCCUUCUCCGACACCCCACCGAAAGGGACCAACAAAUCUGUGGAGCAUGUUCCGAAGCGCAGUUCCCUCUUCGCCACCAUGUCUCUUUAUGAUGAGGACCAGAACGCAAUUGGCUUUCAGUGUACUCCUUCUAUAUCGACGGCAGGGCGAAUGUCUUUAUCUGCUGCCUCCGGCAUGCCUGUGAGAACCUCCACAUCCCAAGCAGCAGAUCUGGGCAUCCCAGGGAGUCAGUUCGUUAAUUUAAAUACAACAGUGUCUAUGCCAGUACCAAGGAUGAUUGCCAAGAAAAAACCAGGCUCAUCGGUUACCGCUGCACCGGGGCUGGGCAAAAAGAAAACGAUUCCGGUAAGGACUUUGGCCAAGACCACAUCAAUACCCGCUGCACGAGCGAAAUCAAGAAAUUCGGGCGAGACUCCCGAGGCUGAUUUCAUAUCCCCCGCCGGAAUGAGUCUGAGUACCACCGGAAAUCCGAAUGUUUUUAUCAUCAACCACGCGUUGCAGUCAGAAGAAAGCAUUUUGCCUGACUCCAACAGCAGCGUGGGGCACUUGGAAACGGAGAUCAAGGGCGAGCUCGACGACUCUACGGAGGUUAUUAUAUAGCAGGGCAAAGACUAUAAACCAGUUGGAAAGUAUUCUAAGUUACUUUAGCACAGUUAAUUAUGAGUUAAUUACUUCGUUGAACGCAAGAAGAGAAUUUUGUAAUUCUAUAUUGAAGAAUUUGUUAUACCUUUCGCAACAUCCUGUAAUUUUUUUGAAAAUAAAUGGUUAAAUAUUUU